AUGUCGACCUCACCGACCAACUCGUCUACCUCGACCCUCACAAACGAUGCCGAGAGUCAGAAAUCUGGCCCUUCGCGCAGAAAAGUGCCCCACUGGCGCCUCGUGGCCAGCCAGACCCUUAUCACGGAAGAUGUCUUGAACCAUCGAUACAAGGGCUCGGGAACAGAGGAAGACCCGUAUAUCGUCGAAUUCAUCCCUGACGACCCUCGCAAUCCCAUGCUGUGGCCGGACUGGAAGAAGUGGGCUCUCACCGUGGCGGUCGCCAUUGCCACUCUGGCCGUUGCCUUCGUCUCCACGGGCUACACCGGCAGUAUCGAACAGAUCAUCGAAGCCUUUGGGUGCAGUCAAGAGGUCGCGACGCUCGGGGUGUCUCUUUUCGUCCUGGGCUUCGCUAUCGGGCCGCUUCUGUGGGCCCCAUUGUCGGAGCUGUAUGGCCGUCAAGUCCUCUUCUUCGGCACAUAUGCAGUUCUUACCGCAUUCAACGCGGGCGCAGCAGGCGCGAAUUCCGUCGCAGGUUUGAUCGUGAUGCGAUUCUUUGCUGGCACCUUUGGCGCAUCGCCGCUCACCAACGCCGGUGGCGUCAUUGCGGACAUGUUUCCCGCCAAUCAACGAGGCCUAGGAAUGAGCAUCUUCGCCGCUGCUCCCUUCCUAGGUCCUACCAUCGGCCCAAUUGUCGGAGGCUUUAUCUCUGAGACGGUCGGAUGGCGUUGGGUCGAGGGCGUGAUGGCCAUUUUCACGGGCUGCCUCUGGAUCUUCGGCGCCCUCGUCAUCCCGGAAACCUAUGCCCCCGUCAUCCUUUCUCGCCGCGCCAGGGCACUGACCAAGCGGACGGGUAAGCUCUACGUCUCUGCCAUCGAGAGACGUCAAGGCAAAGUUACACCCCAGGCCGCCUUCUCCAAAGCCCUGUCGAGGCCAUGGGUGUUGCUGUUCCUCGAACCAAUCGUCCUCAUCAUUUCCAUCUACAUGGCUAUUCUGUACGGCACGCUGUACAUGCUUUUCGGUGCUUUCCCGAUCGUCUUUGAAGAGGAGCGAGGCUGGUCGCAGGGUAUCGGUGGUCUCGCGUUCUCCGGCGUCGCGGUCGGGAUGAUCACGGGCGUACUCUAUGCCAUUUAUGAUAACAAGCGAUACGCGCGCGUCGAAGCCGAGCACGGCGGCGAGGCGCCCGCCGAAGCGCGCCUCCCUCCUGCGGCCGUGGGAGCCGUCGCCAUCCCGAUCGGCAUGUUCUGGUUCGCGUGGACAAACUAUCCUUCGAUUCAUUGGAUCGUGUGUAUCAUGGCCUCGGCGCCCUUCGGGUUCGGCUUAGUCAACGUCUUCCUCGCGUGCAUGAACUACCUCAUCGACGCGUACGUCAUCUACGCCGCGUCGGUGCUGGCGGCCAACUCGGUCCUGCGCUCGCUGUUCGGCGCCGUCUUCCCCCUCUUCACUGUGCAAAUGUACCACAAUUUGGGCAUUCACUGGGCCAGUUCGAUCCCCGCUUUCUUGGCGCUCGCCUGCGCCCCGUUUCCCUUCGUCUUCUACAGGUACGGUGAGAGUAUUCGGAUGAAGUGCAAGUAUGCCGCCCAGGCACACGAAGCGUUGCAGCAGAUCAGAACGCAAAACAGGGAGGUCGAGGUGGAAGAGGAUGGCGAACAAGCCGCCGAGGCUACCGAGGCCGAGAGAAUGGAGGAGAAGAAGGCCGAAAGCCAGACUUAG